AACCUUUUGAACGACCUCAGCUCAAAACCCUAGUGGCACAUAGCAUUCAACCGCCAACUGGUAAUCUUCUUCCCACACAACCAUUAUUGCCAUGGCGGGAGGGAAGAUGAGGAGAGACAAGCCCCACCGUGGUGCAUCAGCCGGCGGCUCAAAUCCUCACUUCCAGGGAGGGAUAUCGUUCCACAAAUCCAAGGGUCAGCACAUUCUGAAAAAUCCUCUAUUGGUUGACUCUAUUGUCCAAAAAGCCGGAAUUAAAUCUACGGAUGUCAUCCUCGAAAUUGGUCCUGGUACCGGUAAUCUUACUAAGAAGCUUCUAGAAGCCGGAAAGUCAGUUAUUGCUGUUGAGCUUGAUCCUCGUAUGGUUCUCGAAUUGCAACGAAGGUUUCAGGGUACUCCUUUAUCUAACCGACUCAAGGUUAUACAAGGGGAUGUUCUCAAGUGUGAUCUCCCUUACUUCGACAUUUGUGUUGCUAACAUCCCAUAUCAAAUAUCAUCUCCUCUUACCUUCAAGUUAUUGGCUCAUAGACCUCUAUUCAGAGCUGCAGUAAUAAUGUUCCAGAGAGAAUUUGCUAUGAGGCUUGUUGCUCAACCGGGUGAUACUCUUUAUUGCCGCCUUUCUGUGAACACCCAGCUGUUGGCUCGAGUAUCGCACUUACUCAAGGUAGGAAAGAAUAAUUUCAGGCCACCGCCGAAGGUUGAUUCUUCUGUAGUUAGAAUUGAACCUAGAAAACCACUUGCUCCUGUCAAUUUUAAGGAGUGGGAUGGUUUGGUCAGGAUCUGUUUCAACCGGAAAAACAAAACUAUAGGUUCUAUUUUUAGACAAAAAUCCGUACUCUCUUUACUGGAAAAAAACUAUAGAACUUUGCAAGCAUUACAACUCGCUGAGAAUGUUCCUUCAGAGGAUGUGGAAAUGGCGUUGGAUGUAUCCGCCUUGGGAGAGACAUUUGGAGACUUGAGUAUGGAUGCUGAUGAUGAGAAGGAUGAUGACGAGAUGGAGGUGGAUGAUGGUGACGCUAAAAGAUCUGAAUUCAAAGAGAAAGUUUUGGCAGUGCUAAAGGAAGGCAAAUAUGAGGAUAAGAGAUCUUCCAAGCUCACACAAGCAGAUUUCAUGCACCUACUUUCUCUAUUUAACAAGGCUGGCAUACAUUUUUCUUGAUUGAAGGGGCAACCAGUUAUAUGAGCUUAUUGUUUCUUUCCGGUCAUGCAUGUUUGUGCUCUUUCUCCUCAUGGAGAUUCAAUUUUGUUUCCGUUAUAAUGUUCUAAAAGCUUGAAAUUUGUAGAUAAUUUGGACUUAUUGUUUUGCGAUAUGGUGGUUUUGAAUGAAAUUAGAAGAUCCUCUCCUCUUUGUAAUAUGGACUUUCUCAAGAUUUGCCUCUUGUUGCACCAUUAAAGUCAAUGUUGAACGCCUUUUCCUGUA